CCGGACACUGGGAACUGUGGGAUCAGGGCACGCCACACAGUCACACAUCCCUGGCUCAGUGGCUCCCUGCAUCGGUUCUUCACUUCUUCUUCGUCGUGCUUCAUUCCUUCUUCAGCCCAGUCAGCCACGGCCGCCACCAAGCACCAGCCUCACGAGUCACCGCCACGAAUCGCAGCUCUCAGCUUUCCUCGCAGCCUCGCACCAGUCACCACCACGAUUCGCAGUCUAUCGCCGCGCUCGUCACCCACCGGAUCUCUCUGGUGCUCUCACCUCUUAGACUCUCGCCUUGCUCACCUGCCAGAAGCUCGUUGCCGUCUUCGUUGACAGUUGCUGCCGCCGGCCACCAGCACGUCGUCGUUCAGUGUUGCCAGAAGCGGAGCAUUUCAGUUUCUGACUUUCAGUAAGGACUCAAGAAAUUUAACUAUCAACUUGUAAACCGUUUUCAUUCACAUCAUCAGAUGGCAUCAGCAUCAGAGAAGUAUGCUGCAUUUGAGGAGAAAGUGAGUCGAACAGUGUACUUUGAUAACCUUUCACCACAGGUCACUGAAUCUGUCUUGAGAACUGCUGUUGAGCAGUUUGCAACCGUUAAAAGUGUGAAGUUUAUUCCCAAUUACCUUGGACCAACCAAUCUGCCACAGUGUGCAUUGAUAGAGUUGGAUUCUUCCAAGAAGGUCAAGGAGGUUGUCUCCAUGAUACGCCAGUAUCCCUUCAUGAUGUCUGGGAUGCCACGACCAGUAAGGGCUCGUCCUGCCGAGGCAGAAAUGUUUGAUGAUCGGCCCGAAAAGCCGGACAGAAAGAUCAAGUGCUGUUGGUUGGAUCCGAGUGACCCGGAUUUUGAGCUGGCGAAGGACCUGAAGCGUCUUACACGCAGACACGCUGUAGAAGCUGAAUAUGUUCACAAACUUCAACUACAAGAAGAAAAGAAGCUUGCCGAACAACAAGGGGAAACGCUUAAUAUGCAUUACAAAAAGUUCAAAUUAGUUGACAGCAUUAUGGCUGAUGGAACUGCCAAGCAUCUGGCAAAAAGAUAUAAUCUGGGUGUUGCAGAUGAAUGAAGGCUUUUGGGCUUAACAGUUUAUGUAAAGCCUCAUGCUGCUAAUUCUACCAAAGAAACAAGAAGUAAAUGGUAUUUAUUAUUUAACAUGCUUUGAUCCAUAUGUACGAUGCCUUUUUAUUUUGAAAAACGUGUUUAUGUGAAAAUGUGUAAAAAACUAUAUCAAGACUUUUUAAAGUAAGAAAAAAGUAAAGUAAUAAUCUAAUCACUAUUAAAUUAAGAAUAAAGAAUCA